AUUGCCAUGGCCUGGGCUGGGUCGACGGCGAUCGAGCUGCGGAUGGACCACAAGUUACGGGGCAAGCGGACAAUUUCAACUCCUCAGGAAUUUAGAAAAUAUCCUAACGCAUUUCGUCAAGAUAAGCUUGGAUGUCGGGUCGUCGCACGCGGCACAAUACACGGACCACACGUCGUGACGUCGUCUGAGUUUCGGCGAUAUAAUGGUAAUAGUAAUAGUAAUAAUAAUAAUAUUGCGAAUACAACGGUAGACAGGCGUAAAACAAAAAUCGAAUAAAACAAAAUAAUAAUAUAUUUAUAUAUAUAUGCGCUUGCGUGUUUUCCCCGUUAUCAGUUGCGCCUCCUGGAGUGCCUGGACCGAUUGAUAAGGUGCGGUAGCGAGAGAACGAUGCGGUGCGCAUGCGUGACGACCAAAAAUCAAAUUUCCAUAGACUCCGCCACUGAGAUAAUCUGGAUAGAUAACAGAGUCAUUGAGUCAUUCCAACAGGCGGUAUUGAGAUAACGUUUCGCGGUUCCCAAACGAAAAACACGUCCUACCAUAAUCUUUUCUGUUUUUCAAACACGAUAUUACAUAAUAAUACUGACGUUUUUGCGUUUUGCGAGUUUAAUUAUUAUUUAUACAACUCAUCUGGCACGGCAAACGCUCAAGUACGACUCUCGACAAAUGCGUUUUCCAAGGCCCGACGACAACGUACGAUGACCGCAGUUGUACCCGCCGCUGCCGAAACCGCUUCCGCCUCCACCGUCGUUGCCGUUGCCUCCAACGGCAAGGGACACAUCUUGCACGACGGCCCUGCGUAUUCGUUGGCGCUCAACAAGGAGCACACUCACGUAGUCGUUGCCGGCAGAAAUGUUUUCAAGGUGUUUCUCAUCGAACAGGGAGGCUUUAAAGAAUGUGUCAACUUGCGCUGUGGGAAAACAUCGAGUGUACAGAGUUCGUCGAGCAUGGAUGUAGCUUGGAACCCGGCAGACGAUAACGUUUUGGCAACAGCUACUACAGGUGGUGCGGUAGUUACGUGGAACUUGAAUCGAUCAUCUAGGAAUAAACAAGACCACAUUUUUUAUGACCACCGGAGAACUGUUAACAAAGUUACAUUUCAUUGUGUUGAACCCAAUCUGUUGAUGUCUGGCUCUCAAGAUGGCACAAUAAAAUGUUUUGAUUUGAGACUUAAAGAAGCUCCUAAAACUUAUUCCAGCGAUUCAGAGAGUAUUAGAGAUGUUCAGUUUAGUCCCCAUAACAAUUAUGUAUUUGCUGCAGCUUCGGAAAAUGGCAGUAUCCAAAUAUGGGAUACAAGAAAGGCUGAAAAGUGUCUGAAUAAGUUUUCUGCUCAUAAUGGACCAGUAUUUUCUUGUGAUUGGCAUUCGGAACUUCAAUUUCUAGCAACUGCCAGUCGUGACAAGUCUAUUAAAGUUUGGAAUGUUACAAAUAAACCUAUUGCUGAAUACACAAUUUGCACUAUUGCCCCAGUCGGACGAGUUAAGUGGCGGCCUUAUCGUAGAUAUCACUUGGCGUCUAGUGCUUUAGUUCUAGAUUCUGCCAUUAAUGUUUGGGAUGUGCGCAGGCCUUACAUUCCUUAUGCAUCAUUUGCUAAACAUACAGAUGUAGCAACUUGUAUUGCUUGGAAAGGAGAUCCUUUUGUACUCUUAUCCACAAAUCGAGAUAGUACUUUGCAUCAAAAUUUCAUAAGUGAAGCAGACUUGCCCUUAGAGAGUGCAAACCAACAAGGAAUGGCUAUUAAUAGAGAUGGUGAUCUUGUAUUUUGUUGUCCGGUUAAUUUAAACAAAGUUGAAAUUCAAAAGUCUAAAGAAAGUUCUAGAAAGACUUCAACUACAACUAGCGGCGAGGAAGAAUUAAACACAUCAAGUGAGAUGAAUGUAUUCCGUGAUCCAAAAAUUAUCAUGUGUUUAUCGGAUGAAACGGAAUGUAUCCAAACGUGUGCUAUCCAAUAUAAACUUAUAGGAAGGUCAAUAGGAGAACUCUGUGACCACAAUGCUGGCGUUGCUUCCAGUGUUGGAAGAACAACUGUAUUUUUGUUUUGGAAUGUCUUACGAAUACUGUAUGAUCAUCGUGUGUCUCUAAUGGCUCUCAAAGAGGAUAUUAUGAGUAGCUCAAACAUUGAAAGCAGCUUUGAUGGGGACAACCAGAUUGGUUCUCUCAGUGAUGAAGAUGGUUUCAGAGGAGAUAAACCUUACCAGUUGGGAGAUUUCUAUUUUGGCAAUGCAGAAAUUGAUCCUUUAGAUGCUGAACAUGACCAAUUUGACUUCAUAGGCUUACAAAUGGAUAGCAAAACUGUAGAAGAGGAUAACGAUUGGGAAGUACCUGUAGAAUCGAUAACUUUAAGACAUGAAAUCAUACAUGAGCCAAUCGUUAACGAUCCCUACAUUCCUAACUCAGCGCCUUUGGCAAAAAAAUUAAAUAACCGCAUAACUUCUGCACCACUAUUGCGAAUAACAUCUCCAGCUAAAUUUGACAUGUGGAAUCCGUCAGAAAUUGUUGCCAAAGCUCUUCGCCACCAUGUUGAUGAAGGUGAUGUACAAACAGCGGUCUGCGCAUUAAUUGUUUUGAGUGAUGAAAUUAGAAGUGAACUAACCCAUCCCAGACAUCCCUGGCGUCUUUUACAUGGUGAAAUAGAAUGUUGGUGGUUAAAUUAUCUCGAAUUACUAAAAAAAUUCAAAUUGUGGUCCUGUGCUACAACAGUGAUCCAACUCUCACGCAUUCGUAGCAUAUUGCAAUUGCACCGUACUUCCACUUCAAUUAAUUUGACCUGUGGAUGGUGUUAUAAAGGUUUGACACGAAACAGCCGACGCUGUUACAACUGUCAGCAUUCUGAAUGUGCUAGGUGCGCAUUAUGUCAAAGGAUCGUCCGUGGAAUGUAUACAUGGUGUAGGGGAUGUGCACACGGUGGUCACAUUGGACACAUGAAACAAUGGUUUAUGGAGAAUAAGUUCUGUCCUACCGGGUGUGGACACAUGUGUGAAUAUUGAUCUCAAUACAAUUAUUAUAAGUAAUCUGAUGAUAAUACUGAAGCCUGAAGACUGAAGAAUGUUGUCGACUUCAACUACUCAUUUGAUCCAUAUUAAAAUAUGAAGAAAUGCGACGGAUUCAAAAGCAUAUUUUAAAGGGGCAGCGGUUGCCUUAUUGUUUUAUUAGGCUCUACAACACUACAAACCCACACGUCCUAUUUUCCCGUCAUGAAUUGUUUUUCAAACCAUACGAUUUCCUACUGAAAAACAAUCAACUAUUUUAUUACUACCGUCUACCAUCACAAUAGUUAGUAAAAAUGUGACUAAAAUGAUAUUGAAUAUUAAUAAUACACAUUAUUAUAGGAUAUUUAAUCAAUGCUGAUGUAUUUUCUUGCAUUAUCUUACUCGUACAUUUUAAUUUUACGGUGAAAAAUAUUUCCAGUACAGGUAGCAAUAUAUAUUUUGACUGUGUAUACGAGAUUUCCUAAGUCUACUUUUAAUACUGCAGGAAAACUAUUUGUUUUUUUUAACGUUUUACUAUACAUAUUCGUUAUGUAUUUAAGAUAAAUUGAUUUUAUAUUUUGUUAAUAAUUCUAUUUGGUUUUUGG